CGCGGUUCUAUUUUUUACGCAGAGAAUCCCACAUGCAUGCCUUUGUCGGUAAUUCCCCCUUGCGGUUUCAUGCAUGCUCAGAUUGACAAUGAUGAUGUUUUUGUUUUCUAAAUAUAGCCACUGCUGAACAGGGCUGUGAAUCUAUGUCUGCUCUAUCGACCUGAAUAUCAGCAAUACUGCCUACACGAAUGUCAGUCCAGGGUCUCUUUUUUUUUUUUUUUUUGUGGGAGGAAUUCUAUCUUGGCCGGGACACUCUCGUUACAAAAUCACCCCCUUAGUGCCUCACUUCCUACUGCAGCGAAGGAUCAAUGCGAGGACAGGUGGAGGUUUGUACUGCUGCGUAAGAGAGGACAUGCGUCCGUCCGCCUUUCGCCUGGACACACAACGGCAACACGUACACAGCGUGAUUCCCGCCAACAUUGUGGAAGAAGUGCUUACAUCGGGGAUGAUUCCGCAUGAAGUUUAUCGAGCUCAUUUCAUGAGCUGUGGCGAUUCCACCUUAAGACCCGGCGCUGUAUGCUAGGGACUACUACCAGAGUCUUUGCGCCUUGGCAAAGAGGGCAGAUAUUAACACUGAGAGCGAGAGAGACUCUGACGCCAAUAGAAGUCUGAACAAGACACAGCUAAAACCAAUCUGGCGCAAUGAAAUCCAAUCAGGAGCGAAGUAAUGGAUGCCUGCCGCCUAAAAAGCGAGAAAUUCUGGCGCUGGAGCACAGGCCAGUGGCAGUGACAACAUCGACUCCUCCAGUGGUCCAUCACAAACCUGCUCCCCACACUGAGAACCUAGCAUGGCUGGCAAGUGUAGCCAGUGAACGAUGCAAAUCCAGAGACUCGGAGAGCCCAAGAUGUCCCAUCCCGUCUACUUCUUCCUCUUCUCCUCCCACCAUUCCAACCUCAGCUACCACUCUUUCAGCAGUGCCGCUGGCCUCGCUACCCGCAGUCUAUCAUCCCGCAGCCAUUCCUCAGCCCACAGGAACCAUCCAGUUUGCUCAGCUUGGACCCAAUGUUCAGUUCAUAAGCUCCGGCCCAUAUGCUGGUUACAUCUCCUCUCAUGUAGUUCCCGCCAAUAGCAGCCCCAUAGGACAACGCCCCCACCUGGAUGGUUACACCACUACUUUAAUCUCUCCCGGCAGCAAAGGAGAGCAGCAGUUCCAAAUUGGCCUCUCUCCCGCAGAACUUGCUCCCGUCUCCCUUCCAAGCUCUCCGCAAGUCACCAGCCAGUACAUCCAACUUGAUAGCAGGACACCUUUAACUGUCAGUGGAGCCGCCGUCUCUACGCCAGGAGCUCACCUCCAACUCCACCCGCAUGCUGCUGUCCUCCCUCAAACGCUUACCCUCGCACCCUCCCAGCUGGUUGUUCAGUAUGCGGAUGGUUCUGCCGGAAAGAAAUCCGAGGUGCACGCUAAGGGCGUGCUGAACGGUGAGCUAGAAGUUGUCAAACAAAUGAAAGCUCCCACACAACCGACCAAUCAUCAGCAGGUUCAGAGCUAUGAGACCCGACACAUCCUUGUGCCCGCAGAAUAUGGCCAGAACCCAACAGGACUUCAGACUUCCUUAGUACUUGUGGCCCAGCCAAACCACAGCCCGGAUCAGGAACAUGGUUCGAAUAAGAUUUCGUUAGUUCAGACUGAGAAGGGAGGCAUCUGUUUAGGGAAACCUAUAUCGAGAUCUUCCUCCUUCUCCUCCCUCUCGUCAUCCGAGGUGACCAAGUCUGUCACGCCCCAUACCGUCAUUCAGACGACCCUACCCCCUGACGAGCUGCCGGCCAGUUUUUAUUCUUCCGCACAAACACCCAUCAUUGGCUAUAUCACCAGCGCCAACCAGCAUGCGGUCAGCUAUCACGCGGCACUGCCACAGCACCUGGUCAUUCCAAGUGGUCAGUCCCUGCUCAUUCCAGUCAGCAGUGCCAAUAACGGCACAGAAAUGGAGACCGGCCGUGCUGUCGGCUCCCUGACUGCGACCACCACUCCUCAAAUAUCCACGGCCAUGCCUCACGCCUAUCUUGCCACCGCCCUGUCCAAAUGUGAGUCGCUAGGCCAGGAUGGAAAUCAAGUCUCUCCCGCUGUAGCCCCGGUUCCAGCUCCUCCGGCCUUGCCUUCAAACCCAGUCCCUGCAGUGGUGGCAGCGCCGUCCCCAAUCCCAGUCUCAGCCCCAGUCAAUCCUCCAGUCCCCGCUUCCAUCCAAGCUUCUCCCACCAUCUCGUCUCCCUCCUCUCCUGUGGCUCUCCCACCUUUCUUUAUGCGAGGCUCCAUCAUCCAGCUUGCUGAUGGCGAGUUGAAGCGUGUGGAGGAUCUCAAAACGGAGGACUUCAUCCAAAGUGCAGAGAUCAGCAGCGAGCUGAAGAUUGACUCCAGCACAGUUGAGCGAAUCGAUAGUGGCCAGAGUCCUAAUGCUGUGGUCAUACAGUUUUCUGUGGGGGAGCUCAAAGCCCAGGUGUGUGUGGAGGUGCUGGUCGAAUAUCCCUUCUUCGUAUUUGGCCAGGGCUGGUCCUCAUGCUGUCCUGACCGCACCACGCAGCUCUUUGAGCUGUCCUGCGCUAAACUGUGCGUGGGUGAUGUUUGCGUGUCCUUGACCCUUCGGGGUCUCAGGAAUGAUUCUUUAACAGACAGCCAGUCUUUGGGGGCUAGGCUGAAGACCACAAGACUCUCUGACCCCGGCAGCAACACAGAUUCCGCCGUGUGCAACAGUCCAAGGCCAAACACUACGGGCACUAACAGCGGUAUUCUUACGAAGGCUUCCGGUAUCGAAAGGCUAGCCGGAUCUGUGUCAGGACGGCAGGUACCAACCGAAAUGGAACGAAAUCCAGGUUUGCUGGACGGGAUCUGCGGAGGAGAGUCUGUGCUGGCAAUGUCUGGGACCGCACAUAAAAGACAGGCAUCAGAGAAAAUGGAUAAGCCCACCCCUUGCAAAACGCAGUCCAGAGAUCCAGACAGAACCACUGUUCGCAAGAGACGAUGGUCCGCUCCCGAGCGGGACCAGACCGGAAGGGCGGAAGGGGAGCCUCCGUUGACUCUGCUCAAACCCUCCGUCAUCUCUCAGGAGGUCAAAAUCAGCAUAGAGGGCCACUCGAGCAGCGGCAGAGAAAAAUGCCUGAUCAAACGAUAGACUAUGGAGGCAACUUAUAAGAAAUGUGUUUGUACUGUGUUCCAUCUACUCUGUGUUCUCUCUCGUCGGACUACAACACUGUAGCAGAGUUUACACGGCGUCACCAGUUUUUAGCCACCUUCACCCAAGUACAGUGUGUGGUCGCACACACGGUGCAAUCAGUGCAAUCAAGCUGUAAGCAAAAAUGAGUGGAGUGUGAAUGUUGAGCUUGAGUGUUGGUAAGGCACCUUGAAGUGUGUCAUCCAUGAUGAGCUGGAUUUCUGCUGUCACAUCCUUUGCAGCCAUCGCAUCCUGGACUAACACACAUAAACAAGCACAGAACAGAUGUUUAUGUGUAAAAGGCGAGCCGUCAGAUUUUGUCUUUGGACGGUGUGACGUUAGGAGUGCAACUACAUUUCGGAGUCAGAGAUCAACCGUUUAAAGAUUUCAUGGUGAUAUUGAUUGGGCAAUAAUCACGGCAGAGAUCUUUGCCACCUCAUGACGUCUGUUCAUUUUACAGUUACCCUUAUUCGGUCUCAACACCACGGCGAGUAUGGGCUGCCGCGGAUUGUGCGUAUGUGACUGUGUGUUUGUCAACAGUAAGGCACAUGAAGUGCGCAGGGGUCAGGUAUGAAUGUAGACCACUGCUUUUUGUCCUCAAUACUGACUUAUGAAGUCAGGGAUGUGUUGUUUGCUGCACCUUCAAUGAAUUCAACACCCGACAAUUUGAUACUGAUGCGUCUGCAAUAUGGUUGCGACGGGAGUCGCCCAAUCGCACCUUCCCGUAGUGGUUCAAGUCUAAAGAAAGCAGGCAGCCUCGAGAUAGGUGUUUUCAGGCUUGGCUACAUGCAGCGUUUCUGCGAAAACAAUCAAAAUAUGACCAAUCUGAAUAUCUCCAUAGCAACAACGUACUCUCUGAACAAGUAUAUCAUUGUAUCUUUCGGGGUACUAUUACUACGGUUUGUAACUUUACCUUGGAGUCCAUUAGCCCUGUUGUGUAAAGUAGGUUUGAUUGUUCCUUGAGUGACAUUAUUGGACUCCCACAGCACCCCUAUUUCUGAAACGGUAUCGAUCUAAAAUGCAAUAUGAACGGAAGCCGGCAAACCAACAGCAAACAAUUGCCUUAUUACGCAUCCAGCAGACAAGAAGAAACCUCAAUCUCCAUUUGGAGUCUCGCAGAAGCCUGAUCAAAUUCACUCUCCCUUUUAGCUCCGUUUCGGUUUCCUGAGGGAAAUACAGUACAGUAUUUGGCUCCACAGCGAGUAAGCGAUCCUCUCGUUCGCCAUCAGCUUCCAGGUCCCUUUGCAGGCUCACUACCCCGCGGCAUCCAAUGCCGCAAUUCCACUGCAUAGUAUGUGCUCAACUCAGCUGUACUCUUCGCAGGUGAGGUUGGUUGGUUUUUCCCACUUCCAAAGAGUAUUGUACUGGAAAACGUGAUGAGGAAACCUCAUUGAACGCAUCAAUCUGAAGUAAACAAUGGGGAAGAACGUGGCUCUUAGCAGGGAAGACGUGGACAUCGAGACGGCCGCAUUGACUGCAGAGGUAUCCGGAAGACUUCCGACAUGAGGCCUUGAAGAAAUUGCAAAGAUGGCUGAGGAAGUAUGCCACCAGGGGGCGUUCCUUCUAAGAAGAAACUCCUAUGUAGUUUUGGUUUUGAAAAAUAUCCUGCCUGACACCAGGUCUGGAACUUUUCUGACAUUACUCAGAUAACAGAUGUGUCAAGUGCAAAGCUAAGCUAACUUUCACAUCCAUGUGCGUGUUCCAGCCACGCGUCCUUAUAAGCUAUGAUCCAACAAUGAUGAAUCCACUCAACCGAUAAGUGACCAGCAGUGGUUUAUGUCCCAAUUAGCGUAUCACGUCAUGAGCCAACUAAGUACUGCUCAGUGGAAAAAAAGGCAUGUUGUGGGUCCUGCACUGUGGAGGGUGCACAACUCCUGAUUUGUUCAAAUUAUUUCCAAAAAGAAAUGGUAUUUUUUGAAAUUCUAGGCCAAAAUGUGAGUUGUUCUACCAACAAAGUGUUUGGGCGAGUACUGAUGGUCAACAGUUUCUGUCUAUGAAAACAGCUGCCAGAGUAAUAAGCACAAUAUCCUCUGUUCAAGUAGUUAGUUGAAAGCUCGGCAGUGCUCAGUAGAGCUGAGGGAGAUUGAUGAGUCAGGUGAGCAUAUUGUGAGAGACAUAACCUGAUCAGGUGGGCCUGAUUGAAAAAACAGGCUGGGGUAGUCGUAAAAAAAAAUCUUUUCCUCAAUGAAGUUCUUGUCUUCAAGUACAUACCUGCUACAUCAGCGCCUCGGUGGCGCCCGUCGUUUUGCUAUUUCAUUUCCUUUUAAGAAUAGAGCCAAAAUUUUACAGUUCAUACUCAGGAAGGGUGUGUGUGUGUCUGUAUGCAUGUAUGUGUGUCCGAGACGAUAAGUGGAUGCGGAUGAUCACUUGUGUUUGUGUAUGUUAUGAGCAGCAGCACUUUGAUGAAGCAUCGGGUGGGUGUCGGGUGUUGGCAAAGGCAACGGCAGUCCCCAAACACCCGGUGAGGAUAAUCAACUGACUGUUUAUCAUCAUGUCCGACUUGUGUAAUGAUGGAAUAGUAAGGCAGGGAAUGUAAACACCCAUUGGACAAACUAUCUCACCUUUAUUUUUUGAUGACGGAUAGAGCUACUAUUUAGAGAAAAGUUACUGAAAGCCAGCUGGUGUUGAUUUGUACAGCGAAUUGUAUCUUACAAUGUGUACAGUGUGUGUAUAGAUAUUCUAACCCUUAUGUAGCCUAUGUACUGUAUGUGCCACGGCGUUCUUUCUUCAAUCAUUCCAUUGAUUCAGCCAUCAAAGUGGUCCAGCUAUUGCUUCAAUACAUGAAUGUGACACCAUCUUCUUUGAAUUUGGCCCCCUGCUCCAAAGAGUUGACUUGACCUUGCACAGUGUAAAAUUAUAUACGUGAUCAUCCCAUUCACCGUGAACGUCAUUGUCCUUUUCUAACUCCUGUAGGUGUUUUCCUGUAAUCCUCGAGAAAAAAAAAAAAAAGAAAGAAAGAAAAAAAAAUUCUGACUGUUCUGUUUGUGUUCCGCUCAGGCUAAACACUGCCUACCGACUGUUGUCCAUUCAAAAUCUCACGUUGCUCACUUCAGUGUAUAACGCAAUUAUUCAAAAUUUGUCAGCAAAGUACGGGUUUCAUUUUUUUUCGUUUUGCAUUCUAAUAGAAAUAUGGUUGGUGGCUAUGCUUACCAAUAUCGUAUAAGUAUACUGUAUUUAUGUUGUGUAAUGUAUGGACCCCCCGCCCCCAAUACCUUGCGGUCUGUUUGACUAAAAAUGCUCUUAAAACCGCACAAAAUCCAAAACGAUGUCAUGUUUGAUAAACCACACCUUGUAGUUGAAAGCAGUCUGUGUGUUUGGACAAUGUCGGGAAUUUUCCAACUGAGUUUGUUUCUUCAGACACUAAUCUAAAAUGGCAUCGCAGCACGGAUAAAUCAAUAUGAUGUGGUGUUGACACCAGAACAAAUAUUGUGGAAAAAAGUUAAGAUGCUGCACACGCAAUGGCAAAUACAAAGCCAUACAAUCUCAGAAAAAAAGGUCCACAUCGUAUUUUCAGGGCUACAUUAGCUUGUCAGAAUGAAAUGUAGUAUCUGCAGGUAUUGCUUUUGUACCAUUGACCCUUACAUUGUAUAAUUUGGAAAUAUGCCUGUACGUUUUAGGUCAUGGGAAAGGUACAAUAGUAAGCUAGCUGUCUCGUAAUUAGCCAGCUGAUUGCUACUUGACCUCUAUUUCUGACAGUGUAGCAAGCAGUGGAUUAGCUUAGCAUAAAAAAGUGGAACCACCUUAAACUCCUCAGAGGCAUCUCUCAAAUGAAAAGGAAGGAUACAUGCGAAUGGAUUUAGUCUUAACAAGCACGAUGAUUGCAGUUGCGGUAUUUUUAUCUGAGAAUUUAGGCCUUGCAGUUGUCAGGGUAAUUCGCCGGCAAAUAGACCUGGCCCAAUUCUUGAAACCACAUGCUAUUUCGCACAGGUAGUUAAUUUUGUCAAACAUUUCCUCAGCCACUUGCUUAUUACUGGACCGGUAGAUUUACACUUAAUGGCGAAUGUAAAAUCCAUUAGUUCUUUGAAAUAAAAAGACCCAAGAGUAAGAGCCAAUUUAACGGCAGAUUUCAAUAAUAAUUGUUGACUAUAGUGGAGUACCGAAUUGCACUUUGACAUAUGGGGCCAACUUUUGAAUUGUAAAUAGUCAAGAAAGUCUUCCAAAACUUUGUUGGAGAGAAGAAUAAAAUGUUCAAUAUCCAAUCUACACGAUCACUUAUUUAACAGAAAAUGAAGGCAUUUUGCUUCUAUUUGCACCAGAUCAACACACCCAGUAUGUGCACUUUCUUUCCAAAACAUCUGUAGGCUGACUUUGGAGAACAAUUUUGUAACAGGUCUGUUUGGCUAAUUCUCAGCCUUGAUACCCGGCGUCCUACGCUUUAUUAUGUAUCAAUAAUGUUCCCCUGUUUUGAUGGUGUUGAGGUUUGCUAGUCAGAAACUGUUACAUCUUUACUUACAAUGUUUGAUUUCAUAUUUGAUCAAAUAUAUUCAAAGAAAUAAAGACUCUAAUGUAA